AUGGGCAUCAAAUGGGUUUGGGGUUGUUUUCUUCCAUGUCUCACUCUUCUUGUCCGUGCUUUCCACCUUGUCAAUGGCCAAGAUGUCUAUUAUCCUGUAGCCAACCUAUCAUCGUCGUGGCCUAACAACCCCUCGCCUCAUCAUUAUGUCGAUUCUGAUGAUAGGACUGUGAUAAUGCCAAUCCUCCUUAGAAAAACUUCAACCGAUGCUAGUUUUGUAUGUGGCUUCUACUGCAAUUAUGACUGCAAUUAUUAUCUAUUUGCUGUGCUCAUGUUUCCCAAUUCGGCUAAUCAGACGAUACGCUUCCCAAAGGUAGUUUGGUCAGCUAAUCGCAAUAUUCCUGUUCAAGCUAAUGGAACCGUUCAACUGACCCAAGGGGGGGAUUUGAUCCUGAGAGAAGUCGAUGGAACUGUAGUCUGGUCCACCAACACAUCCGGCAAGUCUGUUGUGGGCUUAAACUUGACAGAGACAGGAAACCUCGUGCUGUUUGAUAGCAAUGACGCAUCUGUCUGGCAGUCUUUUGAUCACCCAACCGACAGUCUGGUUCCAGAGCAGAAUUUGCUUUUUGGACAGAAACUCAGCUAG